UCCAUGAUUUUCAGCAUAUCAAGCAUACUUAUCUUUGACUGACUAAAGGGCUUCUCCCAUUUUCAGCAAAGCAAAAUACAAGACAAAUUCUCAAUCCAACAUGCAUACCAUCCAUGUGUCCUAAAUCUGUGUGCACCACAUAAUUGGAAUCUACAGAUCAGGUGAAAGGCUCUCUGCUGUCCUUUUUGACCAGUUCUCCCAAAAAACCAUCUCAGAAGAUGAAAGAGGACUAGAGGAUGUGACAAAUCACAAAUGAUGAGGAAGAGGGCUUGAAGAAGUGUAGGGAGGUUAUACAGAAAGGGAUGUCUGAGAAUACUAGUUGUGCAGAUGCUAGUCCUCUGCUAGAGGGUGUUGAUGAUGAUCAUGGAGGAGAAAGGAGGGACGGGAGGUGGUGGAAGAGAGUUUUGGAUGUAGAGGAGGCCAAAAAGCAGCUCUUGUUUGGACUUCCAAUGAUCCUUUCCAAUGUUUUUUACUAUUCCAUCACUCUGGUAUCUGUCAUGUUCGCUGGCCACCUGGGGGACCUUGAGCUUGCUGGCUCCAACCUUGCCAACUCAUGGGCCACUGUCACUGGUUUGGCUUUCAUGAUUGGUCUGAGUGGUGCACUGGAGACACUAUGUGGGCAAGGAUAUGGUGCGAAACUGUAUAGAAUGUUGGGGAUUUAUCUUCAAGCCUCUUGCCUCGUAUCAUUAUUCUUCUCUAUCUUUAUAUCCAUUCUUUGGCUCUACACAGAACCAAUCUUGAUCUUACUUCACCAAGAUUCACACAUCUCAAAAGCAGCUGCCCUUUACAUGAAGUAUCUUGUGCCUGGAAUCUUUGCAUAUGGCUUCCUGCAAAACAUUUUGAGGUUUCUUCAGACACAGUCCAUCGUGUUGCCUCUUGUCGUAUGCUCACUGCUCCCAUUAGUGAUCCAUGUUGGCUUUGCAUAUGUUCUGGUUCAUUGGACAGUUCUUGGCUACAAGGGAGCAGCGCUGGCAGCUUCGGUUUCAUUGUGGAUAUCAGUCCUGAUGCUAGCCUUGUAUAUGAGUUAUGCCAAGAAAUUUGAGCAUACAUGGAAAGGAUUUUCUUUCGAGUCAUUCAGUUAUAUUCUAACAAACUUGAAAUUGGCUCUUCCCUCUGCUGCAAUGGUGUGUUUGGAGUUCUGGGCAUUCGAGAUUCUAGUGUUCUUAGCUGGACUGAUGCCAAAUUCAGAAACUACUACUUCAUUAAUCGCGAUGUGUGUGAACACAGAAAAUAUAGCAUACAUGAUUUCUUAUGGCCUCAGUGCAGCAGCAAGCACAAGGGUGUCAAAUGAGCUUGGAGCCUGCAAUCCCAACCGGGCUAAGACCGCCAUGGCUGUCACUCUCAAGCUUGCUCUCCUCCUUGCUGUGUUAGUUGUUGUAGUCCUAGCCCUUGGUCACAACAUCUGGGCUAGCUUCUUCAGUGAUAGCAGAGUCAUAAUAAAGGACUAUGCCUCCAUGGUGCCCCUGCUUGCAAUCUCAAUACUAAUUGACUAUGCACAAGGUGUCUUUUCAGGGGUGGCCAGAGGAUGUGGCUGGCAGCACUUGGCUGUGUACAUCAACUUAGCUACAUUCUACUGCAUUGGUGUGCCAAUUGCCAUCCUUCUUGGGUUUAAAUUGGAGCUACAUGUCAAGGGCUUGUGGAUAGGCCUAAUAUGUGGUCUCUCAUGCCAAGCUGGGAGUCUUAUGUUGAUCACACUGCACACCAAAUGGACAAGAGUGGAGCUCUCUGUGAACCAAGAAAAAGAAAACCCCAAGCCGGUUAAUUGAAUUUAUGAUAUCCCACCUCAGGGGCUCAGAAGGCGCGAGACCGGAACUCAGAGAAAUGGCUCGCAGCAAAGUUGCACUGCUUCUGAGAAGGCCUGCUAUGAUUCAUGCUUCCCUACUUGCAUGAAGCUGAAGCACGUAACCGCAGAGCUUUGUAACACAGAAUGCAAUGGCCUUUGCACCAAUCAGUUAUCAAGUGUGCACAAGAUCCAUUAAUCUCUAAUUAAUUUACAACCAAUUUGUAUGCAUGGAGGGUUGACCUCAUGGCCUCCCAGCCCUAGGAUUUGAAUAUUGAUGAAUAAAAUGAAGCUUUUUUGUUUAUAA